AUGGUGGAAACGCUCAAUCUCCUCGCCAAUGGUAAAUCCUCGCUUCCCUGCCUUAAACCCAUCAAUUUCCCUUCCCAGAAUCAUGAUUCCCCUUUACUCUCUCGCCCUAGCACUCGCCUCCACUUCCCCAUUCUCUCCUCCAAAACAAUCACCGCCGUUUCCGUGCCUUCCAAGCCCGCCUCCGCCGCAGCAAUUCGAGUAACCCCCAACCCAUCGCCGCCCAGGCCUCCGCCUCCGUCGUCCGAUUUCCAGGAGAAAAUGUACUACCUGGACUCAAUCGGCCUCGACGUAUUCUCCCUGGCCAGGGACCACCGACCCAUCCUCCUCUCCGCCUCCCUGCCGGAAAUCAAAUCCAUCAUCGACUUCCUCACAUCAAUGGACUUCACAGCCCAGGACUUCCGCCGCAUAGUCUCCAUGUGCCCGGAAUUCCUCACCGCCAGCGCCUCCUCCGUCAUCCCCGUCUUCACCUUCCUCCUCCGCGAGGCCGGCGUCCAGGGUUCCGACAUCCGGCGGGUCGUCCACCGCCGGCCCAGGCUCCUCGUCUCCAGCGUCAAGCACCGGCUCCGCCCCAGCCUGUACUUCCUCCAGAGCAUCGGGAUAACGGCGGCGCACAGGCACACCUACUUGCUGUCCUGCAGCGUGGAGGACAAGCUGAUCCCUCGAAUCCAGUACUUCGAGGAGAUCGGGUUCUCGCGCAGGGAGGCGGCGGCGAUGUUCAGGAGGUUUCCCCAGCUGUUCAAUUACAGCGUGAGGGACAACAUCGAGCCGAAGCUGAAUUACUUCGUGGUGGAGAUGGGUAGGGAGUUGAAGGAGCUGAAGGAAUUCCCCCAGUAUUUCUCCUUCAGCUUGGAGAACAGGAUCAAGCCGAGGCACCAGUGCUGCGUGGAGAAAGGGGUUUGCUUCCCUCUGCCCGUGUUGCUGAAGAUGAAGGAUGUUCAGUUUCGGCAGAGGGUGCAGCUUCUCAGUGAGUCUUCGCUUCCAUUCAGUUCCUCUCCUCUGUCCCGGGUAGAUUUUGAUCCCCCAUUGUAG